GCAGCGUUGCUGGACGCGCGUGGCUUCCGCGCGUGGCUCCCGCGCGUGGUGCGGAAGGGACGAGGCCAGGGCGGCAUCGGGGGUCCGGGAGCCGGCGCUCCUCCAAGGCUGGCGGGAGCGGGCCUCAGUUUCUACCGGGAGACGAGCGUAGCUUCCAGAAUUGGAGCCUAGGCCCUCCCGCGCGGCUCGGCUGCAGGUUUGGCUUGUCAGAGGCUGAGAAGGGACGGAGGUGGCUCGGGUCCCCCCCACCCCAUCACCGCUCGCAGGCCCCCGUGCUUGGCAGCCUCUCCGGUCUCCAGAGCCCUAGCGCAGGAUGUUCGUGCUGGUGGAGAUGGUGGACACGGUGCGCAUACCCCCGUGGCAGUUUGAGCGGAAACUCAACGAUUCCAUUGCUGAGGAGCUGAACAAGAAAUUGGCCAACAAGGUCGUAUACAACGUGGGACUCUGCAUCUGUCUGUUUGAUAUCACCAAGCUGGAGGAUGCCUAUGUGUUCCCAGGGGAUGGAGCAUCACACACCAAAGUCCAUUUCCGCUACGUGGUGUUCCACCCCUUCCUGGAUGAGAUCCUCAUUGGGAAGAUCAAAGGCUGCAGCCCAGAGGGUGUGCACGUCUCUUUAGGGUUCUUUGAUGACAUUCUCAUCCCCCCUGAGUCACUGCAGCAGCCUGCCAAGUUUGAUGAAACGGAACAAGUGUGGGUGUGGGAGUACGAGACAGAGGAAGGAGCUCAUGAUCUGUACAUGGACACUGGGGAGGAGAUCCGCUUCAGGGUGGUGGACGAGAGCUUUGUGGACACGUCCCCCACAGGACCCAGUUCUGCCGAGGCUGCCUCUUCAAGCGAGGAGCUGCCCAAGAAGGAAGCGCCAUAUACACUUGUGGGAUCUAUCAGUGAGCCAGGACUGGGCCUUCUCUCCUGGUGGACAAGCAACUAGCCCUGGAGCUCACAGUGACUGCCCAGCCUGAAGACCCUGUCCAGACUUGGGAAAGUAGAGAGCAGUUUGAGUGUUCCCCAGAGCCAGGCUUGGUGGGACCAGGAGCAGUGACAAGUGCUUGUCCUCUCCCUCCCCAGCACAGAGUGUAAUGGAUCCAGGCUGGCUUUUCACUUGCUGUAAAGCAGAGAGUAGCCUGGAGUUUCUGAUCCUCCAGCUGGGAUUCCAGGUGUGCAGUGCCACCUUGAGCCUAUGUGGAAGGUAGGAAUGGGUCCUAGGACUCGUGCACACCAGGGAGGCAUUCUCCCAGGGAGCUGCUUCCCCAGCACAAGGACUGUUUGGUGGUUUUUGUAAUUUCUUCAGGGCUGAGGAUGGAACCCAGGGCCUCUUUCAUGUUAGGUGGGUGUUGUACUACUGAGCUAGGCCCAGUCUAUCCUACGAACUUCUGGCUUUUAGUGACAGCAGAAUACAUUUAAUAAAUACUGGUGGCAGCAGCAGGAACCUCCCCAUUUCAUUAGCUGACAUCACCAUCUAAGGUCACUGAAUUGUCAAUCUGGGAUAGCAUGUCCUGCCUCACCCCAGGGUCCAUUUAAAGAUGACCUCUCUCCCAAGCCCACAGGCAGUAGAUCUUUGUUUAUGGGACCAGACUGAGUACUGAACCUAGUGGUGCUGUGAUAAAGGUAGAGGUCACUGGAUAGGGGUUUUGGGUCCGUGCUGUCAGCUGCUGGUGACGUGAGACUACCAAGCAGCACCCUCCCUACUGCCAGAGUCUGGUAGGCAGAGCUUUCAAAAUGAGCAAACCCCUCUCUGUCUAGGAAGUAGAGAUAGAGGCCUACCUCACAGGAAGCCUGGGGCUGCUGCUGCCUCAGCUGACCAUGAGGGCCGCCCCAGGUCCACAGAUGACUGUCUAGUCUUGCUGUCCCUUUCUCACUGGCACUUGUAUGAUAAAUACUGUUUUGUGACAAACCACCAUGGCCUGCCUGGGCCUUUCCAUGUGAGAUUUAGCUGAUGCAGCCUAAUGGAGAGAGCCUGUCUUCUCACAUCUCCUCUGCGGAGGCUAGAGGGGCAGACAGCAUGCAGCAUUUGAUUAUUAGCUGUGUCCUGGGGCAGAUUCCUUCUCAGGCUGUUUUAACUCUGUAGUCUACACUGGACUUGAACUCAUACCCAUCUGCCUCUGCCAGGAUUAAAGGUGUGUGCAACUAGCAGCAGCAGCAGCAGCUUUGUUUUUAAGGUAGGCACUGCGCCUACUCUCAAGGUGAAGACCAGGUCUAGUACUGUAGCCCCAGGGGAACAGAGGAGGCAGCUCUUGGUCUCUGAACCUCUCCUCUACUGCAGGUACAUGUGACCAGGGUCCAGAUGUGGUGACCAAGGCCUGAUGGAAUCUUGGCUUGAAAAACCCUCCAUUAGCUCAUGCUGGUAAUAGUAGACACCAACCACUCAGACAGAACAUUAAUAGAUUUGGAUCUUUUUUUUUUUAUCUUGUAAGAACAAGUUUCUCUAAAAUCCUUCAGCCACCAGUGAAAUGAUCAGGCAGAAUAAAAACUUCUGUAGAGGGAGUGCUGUCAUCAAAAAUAAAUACAGUUGCAUGGGUUGCUCAAAGAGAAACCAAA